UCCCUACUGGAAACACCAUGAUUCUCAGAUGUAACAACUUUGUCGCUGCUACAGUUUGCUGCUGCCUUCUAUCCACCAUCUGCUGUCUCACUCAGUCUGUUCGAGCCCCCCACUUCCUGAUCCAGCCGCUCUCGACCUUCCAGAAAUAUGGAGGCUCCGUCACCCUGAGCUGCGCUGUAGAACCGGCUAGUACCGCCAUCUCCUGGCAACUGAAUGGGGCGGAGCUAAACCUGUCUGGGGUUCUGGUAUCCGGAGGCACGUUGGUCAUCGCCAGCCUUAAUAACGACACGGCGGGACGGUACCAGUGUAUUGGUCAGUCACCCACAGGAGCCGUCGCCAGUGUACCCGCCAUUGUUACCCUCGCCAACCUGCAGGACUUUAAGUCUGACACUCAGCAUGUGAUUGAGGUGGAUGAGGGGAACACAGCGGUGAUCGCCUGUAACCUGCCGGAGAGUCACCCCAAGGCUCAGGUGCGCUACAGUGUCAAGCAGGAGUGGCUGGAGACGUCCAGAGAUAACUAUCUGAUCAUGCCUUCGGGGAACCUGCAGAUAGUGAACGCCACCCAAGAGGAUGAGGGGACGUAUAAAUGCGCCGCGUAUAAUCCCGUGACGCAGGAAGUAAAAACAUCUGUUUCCAGUGACAGACUCCGCGUUCGCCGCUCCACUGCGGAGGCGGCACGUAUAAUCUACCCCCCUAUUGCCCAGACCAUCAUCGUCACCAAGGGCCAGAGCCUGAUCCUGGAAUGCGUUGCCAGCGGGAUGCCACCUCCCAGAAUUACCUGGGCCAAGGACGGAAGUGAUGUUUCUUGGCACAAUAAAACCCGCUUCCUUCUCAGUAACCUGCUGAUUGACGCCACCAGUGAGGAAGACUCCGGCACCUACGCCUGCACCGCCAGCAACGGCAUCGGAGAGGGAGACUCCGCCUUUAUAUUUUACAACGUGCAAGUGUUCGAGCCACCAGAGGUCAGUAUGGAGUUGUCCCAGCAGCUAGUGAUCUGGGGUCAGAGUGCAAAGUUCACAUGUGAGGUCAAGGGGAACCCACAACCCUCAGUAAUAUGGUUGCGAAACGCUGCACCCCUGAUUUCCAGCACCAAACACAGAAUGUCCCGGAAAGUUCUGCGUGUCAUUAAUGUGGGGCCAGAUGAUGGGGGCGUGUACCAAUGUAUGGCGGAAAAUGAAGUGGGAAGUGCACAGGCCAUGGCCCUCCUGAUAACCACUAGAUCAGGGAACUUGCUGAACCUGAAUAGAGAUUUCCCAACAUCUUCUCCACUGACAGAGGACCAACAGCUGCUGCUAAAAGCCCAGUACAAGCCUCGACCUCCGACCCCUCUGCUACCGACCCAGUGCCCCGACAGCAAGGAAACUGUGGUCCCUCCUGAUGCUCCCGUCAUACUUAGCUCCCCUCGCACCUCUAAGACUGACUUCUAUGAGUUGGUCUGGAGGCCCAGGAAUGUUGGGGGAGCCCCAAUGUUGUUCUACAUCAUCAAACACCGCAAGCAGGUAGUUAAUUCCUCAGAUGAGUGGACUGUAUCACGUGUUCCGGGGCCACAGCAACGCUUGACCCUGACCAAACUGGACCCUGGGAGUCUGUAUGAGGUGGAGAUGGCGGCCUACAACUGCGCCGGGGAGGGACAAACUGCCAUGGUGACCUUCCGUACUGGACGCCGCCCUAAACCAGAGAUAGUCGCCAACAAAGAGAUUCAGAUCCAGAAGGACGACCCCGGGACCAGCACACAGAGCAGCAACCAAUCAGACAACAAUCGACUUUCCCCCCCAGAAGCCCCCGACCGCCCGACCAUCUCAAUGGCUUCCGAGACAUCCGUGUACGUGACCUGGAUCCCGCGAGGCAACGGCGGCUUCCCCAUUCAAUCCUUUCGGGUGGAGUACAAAAAGCUGAAGCAGCCGGGAGACUGGAUUUUGGCCACUAGGGACAUCCCACCCUCCCGCUUAUCCGUGGAGAUAACGGAAUUGGAGAAAGGCACCUCCUACAAAUUCCGCGUGAGGGCCCUCAACAUUCUGGGGGAGAGCCAGCCCAGUGGAGCCUCCAAACCAUACGUGGUGUCCGGCUACAGUAACCGCGUAUACGAGCGCCCUGUGGCGGGACCCUACAUCACAUUUACGGAAGCGAUCAAUGAGACCACCAUUAUGCUCAAGUGGAUGUACACUCCAGCCAGCAAUAACAACACACCCAUCCAUGGAUUCUACAUCUACUACCGACCCACGGACAGCGACAACGACAGUGACUACAAGAAGGACAUGGUGGAAGGGGAUCGCUACUGGCACUCGAUCAGCCACCUGCAGCCCGAAUCCUCCUAUGACAUUAAAAUGCAGUGUUUUAACGAGGGAGGAGAGAGCGAAUACAGCAACGUCAUGAUCUGCGAGACUAAAGCUCGGAAGUCUUCUCAGCCUGGCCGCUCACUGAUACCCAUGGUGCCUUCACCCCAACCUCCUCAUGGCAAUGGCAAAGGCGCGGUGGGAACGGCUACAGUAGCUCGUUCUAGUGAUGUUCCGUACAUGAUCGUCGGGGUUCUUGGCUCCAUUGUUCUCAUACUAGUGGCCUUCAUCCCUGUCUGUUUGUGGAGAGCCUGGUCCAAGCAGAAACAAACAACAGACAUUGCAUUCCCCAGCGCUGGUAUCCUGACGUCCUCCUGCCAAUACACCAUGGUGCCUCUACAAGGGGUCGCCACCAUCAGUAACUUCCCUUCUGCUAAUGGUGAUGUCAUGAACGGCACUUGCCCCAAUGUAAACCCCAAUAAGAAUGGGGCAAAGCCAAGAGAGUAUGACUCCGAGACUGAGCAUCAGGACGGAGCUAACAGUUUACUGGAGGAAAUGAUUCCAGGGCACAAGGACCUACAAGAAUGUCAAAAUCCUGGGGGGUCGCGCCACCCACCCAGCGAGGGAACUCCAGUGUACCAGCCUUGUGAGAAUGAUACAUAUGAAAUGAAGAAACUUCCUCCUGAUGGGCUUCACUCGCAGGACGAGACCUUCGUUGGGCAUUCUCUGCCAAAGAGCAACAAUGAGUGCCCCAUUCUCUCACUGCCCAAAGAGCCAGGCGUGUGCCAAGGUAUGAGGUUAAUAUGUUCUCACUUCUGGCACCUUCUGGUACCAAAUGAUACUAGCAAUACAGCACUUAACAGAGAUUACACAUUAUUCACAUCAGUUCCUGCCCCAGUGGAGCUUGCAAUCUAAGGCUACUAAUUUACCAGUACUUGACAUAUAUACCUUGCCUGUUUACUGGAGUUAGACUUAUCUCCCUAAACAUAGGCCUUAAGCUACACUUGAAGAUCUUUUCCUGAUAUGACCACCUUGAGAAGGGUGAUAUUAGGCUAAUCCAAUCAAUUCUAGGGCCCAACGGAUCACAACAAUACAGGUGGUCAGAAAGUGGGCCACAUCAACAAAUUGAUGUGGUCCUUGCCCAGAUGAGAUUUUCAAACCUGUCUGAUUGAUAUCUGGGCAGUUUUCAGCUUGAUAGAGCUUGAUAAAAGGCCUGAAGGCCUGAAACGUCGCAGACCAGGCUGUUUGCCAUAAAAUGUACCAAUAAAGGCAUUUUAAAUUGAUUGGUGCUGUACGAAAACUUAUUUUUUGGAACAAUGGUGGAGGAUGGACCACUGAUGGUAUGUGCACCUUAUAUUUCUUUUAUAUUGAGGAACCCAGCUGACUCAAGCAAAUAAGUCUGGGCAGUUUUCAGCCAGAUAAUAGCCAUCUGAUGGCCCUAUACACAGGCCAAUAAGCUGCUGACUUGGUCUUUCAAUCAGCUCAUGUAUGGUCAUCUUUAGAGUAGUGGUUUUUGGACUUUUUUUAGGUCAAGACACACCUUGGAAGUCCUAGACCCACCAUAGCUUAGAGAUCUAGGAGAAAAUUGGUGGAUCAAUUAUUCAGCAAUAGCUCCAAGAAUAUCUAGAAACUUGACUUUACAUAAUCAAGAUCCACAGAAAAAUACAUACUGACCUACUGCAAAUUGUCUGCAUCGAGAUGAAAGUAAGGUUAGCUUCUCCUUUAAAGCUGUGCAACACACUGUCGUCUUCUCCAAAUCUUGACCCGACAUUUUCAUGCCAUUUCCCUACAGAUUGUCCACGAGGCAGGAGUAGUGUCAUUUCAGAUCUCACCCUAUCUGGGUUUUAAGCUUGGCUUCAGGUGUAUCUAAAAGAAAUAAUCAUUUUUCACCCAAUAUCUCACCAUAACUGGUCUUCAGAAUGAGCCAACUGCCAAUUCUUCAACCUCCCCCACUAAGUGGAACCAGCCGCACAGUUUGGUAACCAUUCCCUAACAGGGACAUUUCUCACCCCAAUUCAACAUCUCUUAUUUUAGAAAGCUUCUAUGGAAAAAGAGAUUUGUUAGAAAUCAGGUGGUUGAUGAAGGGAGCCUCAAUGUCAGGAGGCAGCUGCAAGAGCUACUGAAAUCGCCUUUUGCAUAUAAGAAAUUAAGAGAUAAUUAAUGAUCAUUCAUCCUGACUGUAUAUAAGAAGGAAGGGUUCAAGGUAAGGAAAUAGUAGCUUGUAUUGUGAUGUGUAUGCUGUUGUUGCAGGUUGUACGUGCCCCUUGCCCUUGGAGGAAAGCAUGGAGGAUCCAGUCUGCUCACUGACAGAAUCUCAUCAAAAGGCAGUUUGGAGCAGUAAUGUAGAAGGGAAUCUGGACAGUUGGGAGAGCAGCACUUUUCACUCUCACACACCGUCAGAAGGACCUGCUACUUAAUAAAAGACUGGCUGAAAGUACUGGGGAUGGUCUUGUUGCAAUAGAUAUCAGCACUGAGUAUCUGUGUUAUUUGGACACUACUAUAUCUAGUCCUGCAGACGACACAGGCUGAAGAUUGUGGAAGACUUUACACCAGCACCGGCUUCCCGUGCACAACGGCUGACAAGGCUCAGUUACCCUCUUGCAACUCGGUCACGUUUUAGGGUCCCGGACCACCCUGUGUUUAAGGGAACACGUUAAAGGAGUUUAUUUUUCUAUGACAGCAAUAUUUAUAUAUUUAUGCACUUGUACAUAAAGUUUAUUUUCUUUAUCAUGAAAUAUAUAUAUAUAUAUAUAUAGAAAUAUGGAACAAAAAGGGACCAAACUAUUCUUCAGCAUUGACAUGGCAACGGAACAUGAGCUCUGGUUGGCUGCUGUUAUAAUGGGGGGGCAGCAGCACGGAUUAGAAGGGGGCGCUCGGCAGACUGGGGCAUAGGAAGGGGCUGCCUCGUUGCUUAUCUUUUGGAUUCAAAUGGUUCCGGCUUCUGUUCUAGUCAGGCGCAUAUGGAAUGUUCGCUCACGUGCAUGUUUGGCUGAGACUCCCGCACAAUAUAUUCCCCAUAAACACAUUAUGAGAUAGAGCUGCAAUGACAUACCUGUAUAUGUGUAACCUGAACAGCAAAAGUACAUCUUGUAAUAAAUACCUUAGUGUUUAUUUAA